GAGCGGCGGGUGGCGGGGAGGCCCCGGGGAGAGACGGUGGUGCCGGUGGGACGACAGCCACGUCCGACAGGGGACUCGCCGGGUGCACCGAACUGCCAUUCGAAGAUUCGGCGGGCGUCUGCUAAUUGCCACGCCGUGAUUGGCUGCCCCGCUCGCCUCGUCCCAUAAGAGGAAGCCGUCGCUACCCGUCACCGACCCAUCUCUUCCCCAUCCUUCGCAGCCAUGGACAAGCUCUCGUCCCUCGCGAAGUUCAAGUCCUCCUGCCCCUUCCUCGGCCGCACCAAGUCUUCCACCCUCCGCACCCUAUGCACCUCUUCUUCGCCCCGCUACCCGUCGCUCUCGCGUCUUACCGAGCGUGCGACCCAGUGCCCCGUCAUGGGCCCCGCCUUGCAGACCCGCUCCAGCCAGAUGGUCGCCGGCUACGCUAGCUUCGCGGGCAGCGCGGACAUCCAGAAGAUACACGAGGAGAAGGGUGUCUUCCCCAUCCCCACCGGCACGAACAUCGAAAUGUGCCCGCACGCAACCAAGGCCCUUGCGGCUGCGCGCAUGGCGGAAGACCUUGCGAAGGCGGCGAAGCACAAGGCGGCGAAGGCGGCCGCGAAGCCGUCCACAUCCGCUGCCCCUAGCGGCUGCCCGUUCCACGCCGCUCAGGCUGCCCAGGGCAAAGGCAAGGAGGCCGCUGCCGCGGGCGGCUUUAACUACGACAAGUUCUACGCAGACGAGCUGGAGAAGAAACAUCAGGAUGCUUCUUACCGCUACUUCAACAACAUCAACCGCAUGGCGCACAAGUUCCCCAUCGCGCACACCGGUCACCCGAAGGAUGAGGUCGAGGUGUGGUGUGCGAACGACUACCUCGGGAUGGGUAACAACCCGAUCGUACUCGAAACGAUGCAUCGCACGCUCGAUACCUACGGCCACGGGGCCGGAGGCACUCGGAAUAUAGCGGGCAACACCGGCAUGCACCUUGCCCUCGAGGAAGAGCUCGCCGCCUUACACCGCAAGCCUGCUGCGCUGGUGUUCUCCUCCUGCUACGUCGCUAACGAUGCUACCCUCGCCACCCUCGGCUCAAAGUUACCCGGGUGUAUCUACUUCUCCGACUCCAUGAACCAUGCCUCCAUGAUUCAAGGUAUGCGACACUCGGGAACGAAGCGCGUCAUCUUCAAUCACAAUGACCUCGAGGACCUCGAGUACAAGCUCGCGCAGUAUCCGAAAGAGACCCCCAAGAUCAUCGCCUUCGAGAGCGUCUACUCGAUGUGCGGUAGCAUUGGACCCAUCUCGCAGAUAUGCGACUUGGCCAAGAAGUACGGUGCCUUGACGUUCCUAGACGAGGUACACGCUGUUGGCCUAUACGGACCUCAUGGCGCUGGCGUCGCGGAGCACCUUGACUACGAGGCGCAGCAGCGUGCUGGCAACAGUCGUGAGCCUGUCAAGGGGUCGGUCAUGGACCGCAUCGACAUCAUUACUGGUACCCUUGGCAAGGCCUACGGUGCCAUUGGUGGUUACAUUGCGGGCUCCUCGGACUUCGUCGACAUGAUCAGGUCGUACGCUUCCGGGUUCAUCUUCACCACGUCUCUGCCCCCUGCGAACAUGGCUGGCGCCCGCGCCAGCAUCUCGUACCAAAAGGAGUACCUGGGCGACCGUCAGCUCAUGCAGAUCAACGUCCGCGAGCUGAAGUCCCGCUUUGAGUCUCUGGACAUCCCCGUCGUUCCCGGCCCUUCGCACAUCGUCCCCGUCCUCAUCGGUGAUCCUACCUUUGCGCGUCUCGCCUCCGACAUGCUCCUGGAGAAGCACAACGUCUACGUGCAGGCUAUCAACUACCCGACGGUUGCGCGCGGCGAGGAGCGCCUCAGGUUCACGGUUACCCCCGGACACAACAUCGACCAGAUUGCGCGGCUCGCGAAGGCGGUCGACCAGACGUUCACGGAGCUGGGCAUCAAGCGCACGUCGGUCUGGAAGGCGGAGGGUGGGCGCGCGGGCGUCGGCAUGCCCGAUGCGAAGCCCGUCGAGCCGAUCUGGACGAACGGGCAGCUGGGUAUGGUCGACGGCUCCGCGCCGAAGCUUUUGAGGGCGGGCCAGAAGCGCAUCGUGGAUGCCAGGGCCGUUGCGGUGACGCGCGAGAAGUUCAACGACCUGUUGGGUCCGGUCGUUGAGCCUCGUGUGACCACGGUGCAGCUAGACAUGGCCGCGGGUAUGCGUCCCCUCGCGUUGCCUGCGGACGCGCUCCUCCCGGCUUCUGAGGUUUCUGUCUCUGCCUAAACGCAGUGGUGUAUUACUCUUGUCGACGGAUGGGUCGGUUCGUCAACGACCCUGCACUUGAUUAGAUCAGCAGCCGCUGUGUUGUCGUACGUGUACCGCUGAUGUUGUGAACAAAAGUGAAUUGUCGUCGCCCUUGUCAUUUGGCGACCUCCGUCUAUCUCCCUUGUGUGAACUGUGUGCUCAAUUUUCAGUAACAUCAUUUUGUCGU